AUGGAUUAUAAUUCAUUACCACCAGAACUCCAAUUAGCAGUAUUAGAAAAAGAAUAUAAGGAUGGGGUAUUAACAGAAAAAGGGUUCGAAGUGAAAAAAAAAUCUUUAUUAGAAAAAAAUCAACUGUUGGGAGUAUUAGGAAGGACCUCUCCUAGAGCUGAAGAUGGGGGCAUUUCUCCAACUAACUAUGUUAGCAGCACAGCUAGUGGAAAUGGUUAUAAACAUGAUGUUGAUAAUUCAUAUCAAUAUAAUCUAAAUCACCAGCAAUACGCCGGAUUUCCCGAUCAUCCUUCUUUACUUCCUCCUCAUGCUCCCUUACCAAAUGCUACGCAACACCAUCAGCUCGUUCCCAGAACAAGUGCUGAUAUGGAAAGGUUAAAAAUUCAUGGCCGUACACAAAGCUUUGAUACAGUUGUUCAUAAUACUACUACUAGAUCCGAUCCUUUAACAGCAACAAAUCGUCGUUCUGAUUCAGCUCAAAUACAUUCCACUUCAUUAUCUACUUCACCUAAUAAUAUUCCUCCAAAUAGUAAUCAACAAUUUCAUUAUAGACCCCCAUAUAAUCACUUAUCUCCUCAUCAUGUUGCGUUUGGUCCACCCCAAUUUAGACCUAUACAGACUCAAGGGCGCCCCCCGUUGCCUCCACCACUUGGAUAUCAAUUGCCGUAUUUUUCUACUUCAACCGUAUACCCUGCUAGACCCGCACCUCAUGUGAGACCUAUUAAUCCUCAAAUACCACAAAUUCGUCCAAUCCCAGGAGUUCCAUCUGGUCCAAUUAUCAGAAAUCUAGUAAUGAAUGAUGGUGCGCAAGGAAGUUUAGAUAUAGAACACGAUCACUUCCCUGACGACAAUGCUUCAAUCAGGUCAGGAAAGUCUAAUAUAUCAAACCAGAACGGGCAAAGAUUUGGUGGAAUGUUUAGUUCUGAUGAUAGACCCGAAAAACACUUUGGAAAGCGAAUGUCUUUAUACAAUAGUUUGACAUAUUCAGAAAUAUUAGAUUCAACACCAAGUUUUGAUCCUGAAUUAUCAAAAUUAGGAGGAUUACAAUUUAUGCCGUUUGAGCCAAGAGAAUUGCCAUUUGAAAAUAUGGAUCCGUUGAAUCCUUCAACAUUAAUAUCAAAUUAUGCGGAUAUAGCGACAUUAUUAAGAUAUAGAGGCCAAAUGACUCCAAAACAAACGGCCUUUAUAGUAUUGGAUCAAAAGGGUCGCGAAACGCAUGUAUGGACAUGGGAAAAGUUACAUUUGAGAGCGGAAAAAGUAUCACAAAUAAUUUUAAGAGAUAGUGGAUUAAUGAGAGGUGAAAGAGUGGCAUUGAUUUAUAGGAAGACAGAAAUUUUGGAAUUUCUGGUAGCAUUAUAUGGAUGUUUCUUUGCGGGUGUUGUGGCUGUACCAAUUAAUGCUGUUGAAGAGUUUAAGGAACUCUUAUUUAUAUUGGAAACUACAGAAUCAAAGUUAGUAUUAACUACAGAGCAUAAUCAUAAAGUAUUAACGCGAGAUUUAUUGGCACAAAAAAAAGAAUUGCCGGAUGUAACUUGGUGGAAAACAAAUGAAUUUGGAGCAUUGAAUUUAAAGAAAGGUGAUGAACUUGGAGUAACUCAUCUCACUGAAUUGGCCUAUAUUGAAUAUACAAGGAGUCCUAAUGGAGAAUUGAAAGGAGUGGCGAUAAGCCAUCAAACUAUUAUGUCACAAUGUAAUUCUAUGAGAGCAAGUGUAACAGAUGCAAAAAUGAGAGAACAUUUAAACAAUCAAAUUAAACAUGAACAAUCACAACAACAACAAUCUGCCAAUGAUGGAAUAGAAGGAGGAAAUCCUGAGGAAAUGAAUGAUAAAUUUGUUGAUACGGUAUUAAGUUAUUUAGAGCCAAGACAACAAGUUGGUUUAAUAUUAGGUGCAUUAUGGGGAGUUUAUUGUGGUAAUAUUACUAUAUAUUUGGGCAGCCUUGGACCUGAUGUGCCUGGUUUAUGGGUAAAUUGUAUUUCGAAAUAUAAAGUUACUAUCGCAUUAGCAGAUUAUCCAGGCUUGAGUCCAAUCGUAUCGUCGUAUAGAUCAGAUCCCUCGGCAACUUUAAACUAUUCAAAAAAACAAGCACCUAUCCUUUCAUCAUUACGUUUUUUGUUUAUCGACACGCUUACAAUAGAUAUUUAUUUGAACCAAGAAAUUAUUGAACAACUUCUUUCUCCUCUGGGUACGCAAUUUCCGAAAGAUGUUUUGACUCCACUAAGUAGUUUGCCGGAACAUGGAGGUAUGAUUUUAAGCUUCGGUGACUUGCUUGGUGUGCAAGGACUAGAUAACAGGGUUGAGGGAGAACGAGGUGUCAAACAAUUUUUAUUGGACCGUGAGGAACUAAAAGAAAAUCGUAUUGUUGUUGUGGAAACUGGAGAUGAUCAAGAUACGAAGAGACAUGAUGAACGAAGUAUCAUGAGAGUUGGAGCUUUUGGAUUUGUCAUGCCUGAAGCUACAAUAGCGGUUGUUGACCCAGAGACAACAGCAUUGUGUUUGCCAAAUACAGUUGGAGAAAUAUGGGUCGAUUCACCAUCAUUGUCAGGAGGAUUUUGGAAUCUACCAAAACAUACCGAAUCAAUUUUCCACGCUCGUCCGAUAUUAGUACCUGGUGAUACCAAGAAACCCGAAUAUUUCGAACAAGAAUUUUUGAGGACAGGUCUUUUAGGAUCAUUAAUUAAUGGACAAUUGGUUAUAUUUGGAUUAUAUGAACAUCGAAUAAGGCUAUUAGUUGAACCUAUUGUAAAGGAAAAACUACAGAAAUUGGUUGUAAUAAACAAGAGUGUUCAAGAUUGUGCUGUAAUUGAAAUUUAUAUAAAAGACCAAAAUUUGCCAGUGGUGAUAGCAGAAUCCUCGUUACCGAUAGAGAACUUGACCGCUCUUGCUGAUGAAAUAUAUGACAAAUUAUUUACGUAUCAUGACGUCCGUCUUUAUACAAUAUCAAUAUGUGCACAACAAUCGUUGCCACGUACAUGGAAGAAUGGUAAAAAAUUAAUAAAUAGUAUAGCAUGUAAACAGUAUUUUGAGUACGGACGAUUAAAAGUACUGUAUGUUAAGACUUGUGCAACAGAAACGAUAUUUGAUAUACCGAUGGGAGAAGAUACCGUUGCUGGAAUAUGGGGACCGAACGCUAUGGCCGCAAGACAAGAAAUGGGUAACGGGUCAGUGGCAUUAAGAAGGCCUCAAUAUACCAGGGUAGAAAUUCCACAAGAGGUAUUGGAUGAAAAAACCAGUUUCAAUUUGUUAAAAUUCCGAAGUAUAGUUGAUGUAUUAUUAUGGCGUACACAAAUAUCACCCGAUGAAACCGCAUAUAAUAUAUUAGAUACGAAAGGAAAAGAAGGAAAGCCAAUAUCAUGGAAGAAAUUAAACAAUCGUAUAGCGACUGUAGUAAGUUUUUUACAGAAAAAAGGAUGUAAAGCUGGAGAUCACACUGUUUUAAUAUUUUCACAUGGGAUAGAUUUUGUGUGCAGUAUAUUUUCAUGUAUGUUAUUGGGUAUAAUAGCAAUUCCCAUAUCACAAAUAGAGCCUACGAGAGCAUCAGAGGAUAUACCUGCGCUAUUUGAAUUAAUUGAAGAGUUUAAAAUAAGUUAUUUAUUAGUAAAUACGGAUACCGAACAAAUACUUAAAAACAAACAAAUAUUAAAUUUCAUAAAAACAAUGAGUGGAGGAUCAAAACAGUCAGGAGGUAGCAAUAACAAAGUAUUACCUCAGCUCAUUAAUAUAGCAAGAGCUCCGAAAUACACAAAGACUUUGAAAGAAUCAAAUUUCAUUAUGAUGGAAGAAUGGUUAAAACCACAAUGGACAGCAAUCAUCAUGUGCUACUUUUCAGCCGAUCAACGAAAAAGUUGUGUAAGGUUGGAUCAUGAUACAUUGUUAGCACUAUGUAAAGUGCAAAAAGAGACUUGUAGGUUGAGAAGUUCACGGGCGGGAUUAAGUUGUGUUAGACAUUUUAGCGGUAUUGGAUUUGUGCAUACGAUAUUAAUUGGAAUCUACCUUGGAUCACCGACAAUUCUCAUCACACCACUUGAUUAUCAUACGAAUCCAUUAGUAUGGUUUGAAACCAUAUCUAAAUUUAAAAUCAAGGACACUUAUGCUACGUUUCCAAUGUUACAACACGCAAUGUCAUCUUUUGAGAACGAGGAUUAUCGAAAUUUUUCUUUACAACAUUUAAAGAAUUUAAUGAUCCCGAUUGAUGGUAGACCAAAUGUAUCUCUAUAUAAGAAGGUAGUGAAAACAUUUUUGGCCAAUCGAUUAGAUGAUGUGGCAGUAAAUUAUGUAUACAGUCAUAUAGCAAAUCCCAUGAUAACCACAAGAUCUUAUAUGUGCGUAGAACCGAUUGAAUUAUAUUUGGAUUUGAAAAGUUUGAGAAGAGGAAUUGUUAAAGUUGUUGACCCAGAAGAUGAACCUUUUGGAGUGUUAUUACAUGACUCGGGAACGGUUCCAGUGUCAACGCAAGUAGCCAUAAUACAUCCGGAAACAAGACGUCCGUGUUUGUCAAAUGAAUUUGGAGAAAUAUGGGUUAGUAGCGAUGCCAAUGCGAAGUCUUUACAUGGGUCAAUGGAUCCAUUAGAUCAGGCUCGAUAUUCUGCGACAAUAGAUGGAGGAGAUCCAAGGAUAACAUACUUACGUACAGGAGAUUUAGGAUUUUUAUAUACAAUUCAUAGACCAGCAGGAGAAAGUGGAAUAUUGUUGGAAUACCAAUGUUUAUUCUUUUUAGGGCCAAUCGCAGAGACAUUUGAAGUUAAUGGAUUGAUACAUUUCCCAGUGGAUAUUGAAUUUACAGUUGAAAGGUGUCAUCAAUUGAGUCAUUAUAGUUUAAUUUCACCAGAUGGAUGUGUGGUUUUUCAAGCUAAUGGAGUAGUUGUAUGUGUGAUAGAAACGAGGGCAAAAGAAGGAAUUCUCAAUUUGGUUCCAUGCGUAUUGAAUUCAAUAUUGGAUGAACACCAAUUUAUUAUUGAUGUAAUCGUAUUUCUUGGACCUGGGACGUUACCAAAAUCGAGAUUAGGUGAAAAGCAAAGAGCAAAGGUCAUGAAUUCUUGGUUAAGCGGUAAUUUAACUACAUUACAUGUACAUUAUGUGACAUCACCGCCAAGUUCUAAAGCAAAUACACAACUACUAUCAACACAUGUGACGCAUUCACGACAAUGGAUAAACACGAAUACUUCACCCUCACCAACACUUGAUCCAACUCAAUAUAGUAUUACCUCUGGAUUUAUCAAUACAACUAGAAGUAAUAUAUUACCUUCUAAUAUUAUGAGUAAUGGAUUGGGGUUGAGCAAUGGUAGUCGAAAAUCAUCACUACAAAAAAAAAGAGAUAAUACCAAUGGAUUUGAUAAUAGUAAUUUAGAUUCAUCAAAUAAAACUGAAACAUGA